AUAUGUACAGGCAUACAAUUCGGAUGCAUACAAAUUUAGAAGAUACUUGUUCACAACUAGAGAGAGAGAGAGAGUCUUCCUUCCUUUGACAAGGUCUCUAGGGUCUGAUCAAUUCCUCUUUUCUUGUACCUAGAACACUCAGGUUUUUUACCUCCAUAUAUGCCUAUAGACUCCAUGGAAUUCUCAAGCAAUAGCAGUCUCUCCUUGUGUGGGAGUACACUUCUCUCUCUCUCAUGGGUCUCUCUCUCAUCCCAUCAUAGAGAAAGAAGUACUAAGACAUACUAGAUCAUCCUUUCUUGAUCGGCUACCCACAAAAUACUACAAAAAAAAAAAAAAAAAACCCUAGUAGCUUUGGUGUUAAAUUUCAAAAGCCUAUUGCCUGUAGAAACUUUAGAUGGGAGAAACCGAUGGCUCUGAAUUGUCGAAGACAAUUAGCCCGUCAAAUUCGGAACGACAUGAAGAAGACGGAUUCGAUAGCGGCAAGGAGGAUGAGAAGAAUAAUGGGUGUAGCAAAGCGAAUAAGGACGGAUCAAGUUCAAGCAACAGUACGGUGGACGAGUUCAAGAAGAAGGAGGCGUCGGUUCGACCUUACGUUCGAUCGAAGACGCCGAGGCUGCGGUGGACACCUGAUCUCCAUCUUCGCUUUGUUCAUGCCGUUGGGAGACUUGGUGGACCAGAUAGAGCAACACCAAAGUUGGUUCUUCAAUUAAUGAAUGUCAAAGGACUUAAUAUAGCUCAUGUCAAGAGCCAUUUACAGAUGUUUAGAAGCAAGAAGAUUGAUGACGUUGGUCAAGUGGUGACAGAUCACAGGUAUCUUGUGGAAGGCGGGGAUCGAAAUAUUUACAACCUGAGUCAACUCACCAUGCUACAAGGAUUUAAUCAAAGGCACCACUCUAAUUUCAGAUAUGGAGAACCUUCUUGGAGUGGAACACCUGGAUUUUAUGGCACAUUUGGUGAGAGGAUCUUUGGAAGCAGCUAUAGUAAUAUGGCGAAAAACAAACUCCACAGGAGUGUGCCCUUCAUGAACGAGCAAUAUACAUGGAAAAAAAACGAUCCGAAGAUUGAAUUCGGAUCGUUUUGUGACUCCUUAAGUACUCAAUCACAAGCGAAAGGAGGAACCGGUAUUCUUUCGAGUACCCCUCCUGGUUUUAGCACAACGAGCGUUGACGGGCGGGCGGGAGUGAAGAGAAAGGCUUCGGAUCGUACUGACAUUGACUUGAAUCUAUCUCUCGGGCUGGCAGCGGGGUUCGAUGAGAGCCGGAAGGAUGAGGAGGAGGAUGACGACGAAGAUGAAAAAAAUCUAUCUUUGUGUUUGUAUUCAUCAUCAUUUUCAUCUAAGAUUAGCAGGUUGAAAGAAGGUGAUCACCGUAGGGGGGAGAAAGAUAGAGGAACAAGUACUCUGGAUCUGACUAUAUGAAUAAAGAGACAAUUCUAAGUGAGAUCCUGAGGUACUUGUCUAAUUCAAUGCUUUUUCUUAGAUUCAAUUCCUUGUACCAUUAUGAUACAAGCUAAUAUUCCCACUAAGUACUUGUAUGGAUGCUUCUUUGAUACUUAAUUUUUUCCC